AAAGUUUGGACAAAGUUCUAAUAAUUUUUUCAAGUCCAAUAUGGACUAAUUUAAAUAUUUCCUUACAAUACUUUUCAUUAAAAUCAAACGACGUCGCUUUAAUCGAAAAUCUAACGUCGUCAGGGCAGCAUCUAACUGGGCACGCCACGUGAUUGAGACACGUGUCCAAGUCAAACCUCCUAUAUAAGAUGGCUCGUAUGCAAUUCUCCAUUUUUCACCAAAGCAGCAAAAGAAAAGCAAAUUGCAAAAAGAGAAGGGGAAAAUAAAAAUCAAUUUUCUCUAUUUGCGUCCUCCUUCUUUUUACAAUUGACAGAAAAACAAAAAUCACAAAAUACUUGUCAGUUUCAGUUCCUGCAAUCACCUGAGGGUUAAUUAAUGCCGGAAAAAAAUUGCUGUUUGUUAACGUGAAUUCCGAGAUUUCUAGUGCCGCUUUAGGGGAAUUAACGAAAGGGGUGAGUUGUGAACUGGUUGAAGGUUUGGAAUCGAAAAUCGGAAUGGAGGAUCAUAAGGGUUUGAGUGAUGGGGUUAGGGUUUCGGAUGAGUCCAAGGGUUUGGUUGUGGAGUCUAGCGGAGAAACUUUAAUUGAUGGAAGUGGAGGGAAAUUCGUUGAAUCUGGUAGCUUAGAAAUUAAUGAUAAGCAUGAUUUAAGUAAAAAUCGAGGUGUGGAUGUCACGUCUCGUAAGAAGGGAUGGGAGUCGUGGGGGGUUAUGGAUUUAGUUGGGAGAGUUUUAGAUGGAAAGUUUUCAAUGGAUGAGGAGUUGGAAGAUGUUGAUGAUUCCAAAAAACCGUUGGAGGAAAAUCGACUUACCGACACCGACGCGUGUCAGGUUGUGAUUGGAGAGCCGAAAUCCGAAAACGGAAUGGAUGUUAAAGGAGCAGAUAUCGACAAAGAUUCGAAUAAUUUGGAUUCGGCUCUUCCAGGUGAGGGAAGUGGAUCGACUGGAAACCACGAUUUGGUAAUUAAUGAGACGGUGCCAGAUGUAAAGAUGGAAAUCGAGGAAGUAAAUAAUGUUAGGGCUGACGUGGCGAUAGCCGAAAGACAUGUAGGGCAGUAUAUAACGGAAACUGAAGGGGAAUAUUACGCGUCGGAUCUAGUGUGGGGCAAGGUCAGGAGCCAUCCAUGGUGGCCUGGGCAGAUAUUCGCACCCUCGGCCGCAUCCGAUAAGGCAACGAAAUAUUUCAAAAAGGAGAGUUAUUUGAUUGCUUAUUUCGGCGACCAGACGUUUGCAUGGAAUGAGGGGUCAAAUAUCAAGCCUUUCGGGAUGCAUUUUUCGCAAAUGGAGAAACAGAGCUCUACAGAUGGAUUUUGUCAUGCCGUGAGCUGUGCGCUGGAUGAGGUCGCUCGGCGAUUUGAGCUUGGGCUAUCAUGCCGGUGCUUGCCUAGGGAGGUGCGUGAUAAGAUAGAAUGUCAAGUUGUUGAAAAUGCUGGCAUACGAAACGAAUCAAGCACAAGAUCUGGUGGGGACAAGUUAUCCAGUGCCGCCUCAUUUGUGCCAGGAGAGCUUUUGGGGUUUCUAGAAUCGGUUGCUGUGCGCCCACAGUGCAAAACUGAUGGACUGCAAUUAACUGUGGAGAAAGCUCAACUGCUGGCUUUCAAUAGAUGGAAGGGUUAUUAUCAGCUCCCCGUUCUAGAAGCGUGUGGUGGGUUGUUGGAGGAUAAUGUGGAGGGGAGAGGAGUGGAAUCAAUGGAAGUGAUGGAUGGUCAAAGGAGUAAGUCAACUGCUCCCGGUGGUUCUUCUAAGAAACGUAAACGCCUUUCAGGUGAUGAAAAGUGGCCAAAGUUAAAAGAGAAACGCUUAUCUGUCUUGAUGUCUUCAGAUAGCUCGAGUUUACAGAAUGACGAGAAGAAACCCGGAAUGACUCGCAAGAAGGCCAUCUUGUAUCCUGUACCGAACAAUUCAAGAGUCAAAAGACAGAAGAAUAUGGUGCCAGCUAAGCCCCUUGGUAAUUCUCGAGGAGUGGAAAUGAUUCCUGCGGAGAUCCCUAAUGCUGAUGUGGUUCUUUCGAAGCUAAUUGUGGCUGCAAUGAAUCCCAUGGAAGGGCACGGUAUCAUUAGUCCUGAACUUGGCUUCCUUCGUCAGCUUCGGAAUUUUACUUGUCUUGAAUUGUCGGGAGAUGCAAAGAUAGAUUCUGGGAAGCAGCUAUUCAAUUUGGAGGCUACAAAUACAUCUGCAUUUGAUGGUGCUGAGGACUCGUACUGGACAGAUAGAAUAGUUCAAAACUAUUCUCAAGAUCAGGUGCUGUUUCAACCGGAGAAACCUAAUAAGAUGGCUAUUCAAGUAGAGGGCAAUACUAGUGCAGUUAUAAACGCAAACGAGGGCAAAGAAAGCGAUGCUGCUAUUGUGGAUUCGGGUGCACAAAACCCAACUGCUCCAGUGAACGAAGAAGUUGCAGAUGAACAUUAUCCAACUGCUUUGAUUCUCAACUUCAAUAAUUUGAACUCCAUUCCGCCCAUUGAGAAUCUGAACCGGAUAUUCAGCCCUUACGGGCCUUUGCGAGAGUCAGAAACUCGGGUGUUGAGCAAGAGCAAGCGCGCAAAGGUGAUAUUCAAGAGGCGAGAAGAUGCGGAUUCUGCUUUCAGCGCUCCUGGAAAAUACGAAGUCUUUGGACCAUCCCUCAUCAGUUAUAGCCUCAAAUAUGUCAAAUCUAGUGCAACCUCGAAGCGCAACAAGAAGGGCGAGUCUUCGACAGUGAAUGCUGUCUGAAUUUGGUGAGGAUUGGUUGGUGUACUCUUAACUUAUUUAUGUUCUUAUAGAAUUUAAUAGUUCUUAUUUUAUACAUUGUUGGAAGAGCCUUGCAUAUAGGGAGAGCUUUAAGUUGACAUGUUGUUACAUUUAAGUGCAUAUAGGGCAGACUCAGUAAUCUUUCUCUUUCCAUGAAACUACAUAUUUGGGAUUUACAUUGUGAUGGAUGAGAUUAUUGUUUUAGAAACUACAUCUUUGGAUUUACAUUGCGAUGGAUUAGAUUAUUGUUUUAAUUCUU